AUGGACCCCGAGGCCGGAUCUACGCUAAAACACUCGGCCACAAACGAUACAGCAGCCCAAGAUGAGCGCGAUCUCGAGGAGUUGGGCCACUCCCAAGUGCUAAGUCGCAAAUUCGACACAUGGAGCAUGCUCUCUUUAGCCUUUGUGGUUUUGGGUACAUGGUCGGUGUUUGCGCAGAGUCUUGCAAGCGGACUCAUGAAUGGCGGCCCGAUUGCUAUUCUCUGGGGCCUGUGUCUAGUCACAGUCUGCAAUAUCUGUAUCGGUGUCUCCCUUGGAGAAUUGUGCAGUAGCAUGCCCACGGCACUCGGCCAGGCGUAUUGGGUGUCGCGUCUGUGGCCGACCCCUGCCGGCCGGUUCGUCUCGUACAUGUGCGCAUGGAUCAACACUUUCGGCUGGUGGACGCUUUCCGCCUCGACGGUAGCCUUCAUGACUGAGUUUGUACUUGGGAUGAACUUACUGUUUGACGAGACGUGGUCACCCGCAUCCAAUGGCUGGGUCCAAUUCCUCGUGUACAUCGCCAUCACGCUCUUUCUCACGGCAAUCAAUGUGGUCUCGUGUCGACGAGAUCAGAUUCUCCCCGCAUUCAACAAUUUCAUGGGCAUCACAUUCGUCGGCCUUUUCUUCGUGCUCAUUUUGGCCUUGCUCAUCUCAGUCGGCAUCAAGAACGGUCUCGAGUUUCAACCUGCAUCUUUCGUUUUCGGCGGCUGGAUCAACAAAACGGGAUGGGGUGACGGCAUUGUCUGGUUCAUGGGGCUUGUUCAGGCUGCCUAUGGACUGACGGCGUUCGAUGCAGCAAUACACUUGGUGGAAGAGAUUCCAUCCCCCAGAAAAAAUAUCCCCAAAGUCAUCUGGCUUUCCAUCUUGUGCGGCGCCGUUACGGGUUUCAUCUUCAUGAUGAUUUGCCUCUUCUGCAUUCAAGAUCUGGAACAAGUCCUCGACCCCUCCACCGGACUUCCAUUCAUGGACCUCAUCAAAAGCACGGUCGGCCUCGAAGGGUCAGCAGUCCUGCUCUCGUUCUUCAUCUUCAACGGGCUCGGACAAGGCGUCACCGUCAUCACCACGGCAUCUCGCUUGACAUGGGGAUUCGCUCGCGACGGCGGCCUUCCUUUCAGUGUCUACUUUUCUCACAUUGACGAGAACUGGAAAGCGCCCGUACGAGCUCUGUGGAUGCAGGGGGCCGUCAUUGGCUUGGUUGGUGUUCUGUACACCUUCGCUUCUUCGGUUCUCGAGGCGGUUGUUGGCGUUAGCACCAUCGCCCUCACCGUAUCAUAUGCGAUGCCGAUUGCGACACUCCUCAUUGUCGGCCGCGAUAAGUUGCCGCCCGGGCCGUUCCAACUUGGCCGCAUUGGACCGGUGGUCAACGGCAUAUCUCUGGUCUAUUGCGCCGUCACGACGGUUUUCUUCUUCUUCCCUUCCGAACCGAACCCUGCGCCGGCAGACAUGAACUACGCUAUUGUUGUGUUUAGCAUCAUUCUCAUUUUCAGCGUCGGCUUCUGGUUCACGAAAGGUCGCCAGACCUACUUGCAGGUGGAGGAAGUCGCAGAACGAGUCAUCUACGGAUACGGAACGAUGACAGAGCCGGCCAGACCUAUCGAGCUGCCCACCAAGAAAUGA